AAACCGACCAGUCCACGAAAAAGCCAUAACGAAUUUGUUUAUUACGACAUCAUAAUGCGUCAGUUUUCGGCACAAUUCAUUUUUAUCUACACGGUGUCAUCAAAAGCCAAGAUCCACAACUAGAAACUAGUAACCCUAUGCUAGAAACCUUGCAUAGGUUGGCGGCGUGAAGCGCGGGCUUCUCCUCACAACACCCACCCGCCUGUAACGUGCUGUCACCUAUCGUCGGUUAGGCAUACUUCUGACACCCGUUUUCCUCUCCGUACGCCCGGUUAGUUGUUGCGGUACCGAUGUGAUCGGAUCAAGCUGCCAGUACCGUUCAGCCGACGCGGUCACAGUCUGCUCGUUAUUUCAGGUGCGAGACCUUUCAAGGAUUCAGUCCACUACAGUGUGUCCUUAGAAGCGGAAGGGAAUGGAAGCACUGAGAGACUUGCCACCACUCCCAAAAAGCCUGAGUGGCCUCAUCAACUUCAACAGCAGCCAGUGGCGUGAGCUGGAACGUGUGCACCUUAUGCGCACCAUGAUUCAGCAGGAUCUGAGCAGGGCGGCCCCCGUCGCACCGGCACGGAGUAGCAGCGCUAGCCGAGCAUCAGCAUCUCGUCAACGAGUGCCGCAUGCGGAGCACUCGCAUGGCUCACUUGGAAACAGCCGUGUCGCUGGUGGCACUGGGAAAGAAGCGCAAAACACUUGGUCGGGCCGAUCGUCGAGACUCGAUGCACAACUGGCAGUCCUCCGCAAGGAGAUGGUGGGACUUCGUCAAAUGGACAUGUCACUUCUUUGCCAGCUGUGGUCGCUCAAUGAAUCAAUCCAGGAGUACAAACAGGCACUCCAGGACAGGUCACCAUCUUGGGAUCCCACCCAAGAGGAACUGCUGAGUCAGCUGAAUGGGGCAUCGCCCACCAGCAUUGCCGCUUUCGACCUCACUCCCAUCCCGCCACCCACAGCGCGACACCAACGGUCGAGCAGCGAGGGCUCCACGCCACGCCGCUAUGACACCCGGCAUCAGCCGAGGAACCUCAUGGCCGUGCCAGAGAGGACGCUAGCCAUCGACAGCUCAUCCGGCUCUAGCGGCGAGUACGAUGACGUUCUGUGAAUCAAGCAACCAUUGCUGCAGAUGUGUUGAGAAUGUGGGCUCUGAUGGCCACAGGUAUGUUUAUGAUGCGGCUUGUUGGACUGGAGCAGAUGCUCAGGUGAUCUUGUAAGAUUGUCGUCAACUUUGGGCAGUAGGGUGAAUGCUUGUGACUCUUGGAGUGAGAUAACAGUUCAAGGCAGAAACCUGAAGCCGAGCUGAGACUUCUGAAAUUCCGUAUCGGGCACUUCUUCAAAACGUCAAAUCUGAUGAAGCAUCAGCAUAUUUGCAUCUUCAUCAUUGUCAUGUCUGCAUCUUGCUGCUGUCUCCCUGUACACAAUUUGUUUGUCUUGUUGAGAAAACGAUGGAAAGCUGCUGAAGAGUAGCUUAAUCACAAGCGCAGAGGGUGUUGCUAAAAUAAUUGAGAUGUCGUAAGAUUC